GGUGCAGUGUAACACAAUGAGAGUUUUAAUCUCAUUGCAUGUGUUCUUGCUUCUGGUUGUCAGUUCCAAUGGCACGGGCAGCCUGUUUUACCCAUUUGGAACUGGAGACACACAGACUGAACGUUCUGAUGAUGGAAGUUCUCCGAAAAUUAAACUCCUGCAACAAUUUAAAUUUUUUGGACACAAGUUCAAGCACAUGCAUGUCAACAACAAUGGACACUUGACGUUUGAUGGGUCAUGGGACAGCUACAAUCCAUAUGCCUUCCCAGCUAAUGGCGAUAAAGACAUCAUUGCUCCAUUCUGGACUGAUAUCGAUAACCGUGCAAACGGCAUUAUCUCAUAUCAGCAGUACACCUCUGGUGAUGUCCUGACACUGGCUACACAAGACAUCAACCAAUAUUUCCCCGACCUGAGCUUUUCUGCUUCAUGGAUCUUUGUUGCAACAUGGGACAGAGUGGCAUAUUUUCCACAGUCAGGAACAGAAACAUCUUUCCAAGCGGUCUUGAUUUCAGAUGGCAAUCUCUCAUUUGUUAUAAUGAACUAUGGUAGCAUUGCGCCAACACAAUAUGUACAGGCUGGUUAUGACACCAUCGGCUCGAGCCACCAUUUCUCAAUCCCUGGAUCAUUUCAAAAUGAUUCCACGAGACUAACAUACAGCAGCAAUGUCAAUGUAACAGGCAGAUGGGCCUUCAGGACAGAUCAUGGGUCAGAGGGUUGUCAGUUCAAAGGUUUAGCAGUGCAGCUGGGAGAUUCUUUCUGGAGUGAUUCCACCUGUCAGGAGAGAUGCACUUGUACCAGAAGUGGUCUCAAGUGCAGCCAGGAGCCCUGCAAUUAUUCACAAGCCUGCCGAAAAGCCGCAUUCCAAUACUCUUGUCAGAACAUUAAAAGGCAAACCUGCACCAUCUCUGGAGAUCCUCACUAUAACACCUUUGACAACCAGAUCUUUCACUUUCAAGGAACUUGCACUUAUGUUCUGUCUGAGGCUUGUGGAAAUGGUUUGCCGUACUAUCGCAUUGAGGGCAAAAAUGAGCACCGUGGUAGUACACACGUGUCAUGGACUCGGAUGGUCAGAGUAUUUGUGUACGAUGAAGAAAUUGAACUAAAUAAGGAUCACCAUUUUGAGGCAAAGGUUAAUGGCACCUUUAGAGCAGCACCAUUCAGUCUGCGUAAUGGAUCCAUCCAGGUCUUUCAGUCAGGUUUUACCUUGGCCGUCAGCACAGACUUUGGUCUGGUUGUAACAUAUGAUGCACAUAGCUGGGUUUCCAUUUCUUUACCUUAUGAAUACCAGAAUGCCACAUGUGGUCUGUGUGGGAACUUUAACCUGCAUCCUGAAGAUGAUUUCCGUUCCUCUUCUGGGAAGAUACUGAGUUCAGAUGUUGACUUUGCCAACUCUUGGAAAGCAGUGGGGGACACAGACCCAGAAUGCCACAGUGUCAGGUCCACAGGUCUGGCUGGUUGUAGUCUUGAUGAAAUUAAUGUUUACAAUAACAAAAACCACUGUGGAAUCCUAGGAGAUACUUCUGGACCCUUUGCUGCCUGCCACUCUGUGAUUUCACCACAGACAUACAUAGAGAACUGUGUCAUUGAUAUUUGUGUAGGAGGGGGGUACCAACCCAUCCUGUGCAAGGCUCUCAGUGUGUAUGCUGCACAAUGCCAACAAAAGAGGGUACAACUAGGCCAGUGGAGACAGCAGGGAUUCUGUGAGAUUCAAUGUCCUGAGCACAGCCAUUUUGAGCCCCAAGGAACAAGCUGCCCUGCAACCUGCAGUGAUCCCUCUGCCCCAAUGAACUGUCCCUUGCCCAAUCAAGAGAGCUGUAUCUGUGAUGCUGGGUACAUUCUCAGUGCUGGGACAUGUGUUCCUGAAGCAGACUGUGGGUGCAACUUUGAGGGAUUCUAUUUCACUGAGGGACAGUCAGUAGUGUUGGAUGAGGACUGUGGGAAGCAGUGUGUUUGCAGCAACAGGACAAUGAUCUGCCAUCAGCACCAGUGUGGUCCAGCAGAGGUGUGUGAAGUUAAUAGCGGUGUUAGAGGCUGCAGACCUACCAGAUAUGCUUCCUGUUCAGCUGAAGCCCUAGGAAUCUAUCAUACCUUUGAUGGACAAACUUUCAAAUAUCCAGGAGCCUGUGGACUGACCCUUGCAAGGGUAAAAGAACCAUCCCAACUACCAUACUUUGCUGUUACACUUGAAAAAGUACCUAGAGGUCUUGACAACUUUACAAGAUUCCUGAAGUUUGACACAGAAGGAGCUCAGAUUUCCAUAGAAAUGGGAGAAGGUCACAUUGUACAGGUGGAUGGACAGACAGUUGGUUUGCCAGUCAUGGUUGACUCCAGUCGAAUCCGCAUCUAUCAAAGCAGUGUCAUGGGUUUUGUUCUGGAAACAAGCUUUGGGUUGACCAUUAGAGCUGACUGGCCACACAUGGUCCAAAUCAUGGCACCAGUCACUUACAAUGGUACACUCAGAGGUCUUUGUGGGAACCUUAAUGGAAAUAUUACAGAUGAAUAUAUAAGCCCUGAUGGUGUCCUGCUGGAUAACCCCCAAACAUUUGCCGACAGUUGGCGUAAUGGGUCCCUCUCUGCCCACUGUGAGGACCCAGCUGACCUCUGGGAAUCUGGACAUUAUCUGAACAGCCAGUUCAGUGAACAGUGCAACAUCAUGACCUUACCUGAUGGACCAUUUGCUGAGUGCAGCACAAUACUACUCCCUGCACAACAAAUCCGGAAUUGCAUUCAGAUGCUGGAGCAGACAAGCAGGGCAAGGGCAAGGGAGGCUCUCUGUGAUGCCCUGCGGGGAUACACUCUGCUCUGCCAACAGUAUGGCAUUGCAGUUGGAGAGUGGAGGAAUGUUACCCAAUGUGAACUCACCUGUCCACCAAAUGCCCAUUACGAACUGUGUGGCACAUCCUGUCCUGCAUCCUGCCCUAGUCUCUCGUUUCCUUUUCUGUGCACCCUGCAGUGCCAGGAGGGAUGCCAGUGUAAUGAUGGGCUUGUUUUGAAUGGAGAUCAGUGUGUGCCUCCCAUAGGCUGUGGUUGUCACUACGCUGGACGUUAUCGACAGCCUGGAGAGCAAUUCUGGCAUGCUGAGGAGUGCCAGUCUCUGUGUGUUUGUGAUGGGAUUACUGGAAAUGUCCAUUGCACACCAUCAUCUUGCAGUGAACAGGAAUUCUGCAGUGUGGUGGAGGGAGAGUAUGGCUGCCAUCCCAGUCCACAUGCUAGUUGUUCUGCUUCAGGAGACCCCCAUUAUAUCUCUUUUGAUGGGAAAUACUUUGAUUUUCAGGGCACAUGUAGAUAUGUGCUGGCCACAGUAUGUAAUGACACUCGUGGUCUACCACACUUCCAGGUGGAUGCAAGAAAUGAGGCUUGGCAGGAAAUGCCAGUGUCAGUAACUGCUGAGGUCUUUGUAAACAUCUCUGGACAUCUCAUAGAGAUGUCACAGGACAUGGAUGGUUUUUAUACUUUUAAGGUUGAUGGAGAGACCAGAAACCUACCUGUUAAAUUUGACUCUGGUCGUGUAACUGUCUCCUUCAUUGGACAACAAAUACUUGUUUCAACUGACUUCGGUUUGAGUGUGACUUAUGGCUUCUGGAUGGUAAACAUCAUUGUACCAGCAGACUACAGAGGAGUUACGUGUGGACUUUGUGGCAACUUUAACGGUCGUACAGAGGACGACUUCAUGACUCCUUCUGGUUCUUUGGCUCCUUCAGUGGACCGGUUUGGGGCAGAAUGGAAGGUUGAGGACGAGAUGCCCUGCAUUGAGGGGUGUGGAAAUAACUGUCCUUCGUGCCAAGAUCACACCAUUGCUAAUGGCCUGUGUGAAAUCAUCAUAGACAACCAGGGCCCCUUUAGCUUCUGUCAUGCUUUUGUAGAUCCACAAGCGUACUUCAAAGACUGUUCAUAUGAUGUUUGCCUCACUGCGAAUUGUAGAGAUGUAUUGUGCUACUCUACCCAACGCUAUGUGAGGGCCUGUCAGUCUUCCAAUGCUGUCGUCUUCCCCUGGAGAGAAAAUGCAUCCUGUGUCAUGACAUGUCCAGAGAACAGUCACUAUGAGCUGUGUGGUACAGACUGUGGUCGUACAUGCAGCAGAGCCGUUAAUACUAGUUGUGAACACGCAUGUACAGAGGGAUGCUUCUGUAAUGAUGGAUUUGUGAGGUGUGGAGAACUAUGUGUACUUGCAGAUGAAUGUGGAUGCUCACACAACGGAUUCUACUAUGAUAUUGGUGAGAAGUUCUGGAAUUCAGAAUGUUCCCAACACUGCGAGUGUUUUGGCACAGAUGAUCUGCGUUGUUCUGCAUCAUCUUGCCCUCCAGCCACAGAGUGUACUGUCAGAAAUGAAAAUCGUGGCUGCUACGGUGAAAUGUCCACUUGUAUGGUGUGGGGUGACCCUCACUACAUCACCUUUGAUGGCGCUGUGGUCCACCACCAGGGAACAUGCUCAUAUGAGAUUGCCCAGACUUGUAACGUUACUGAGGAUGAUCUGGGAUUCCGUGUGGUGGCCACCAACAGACAUCGUGGAAACAUGGCUGUGUCUUUUGUGUCUGUAGUGGAUGUUUGGUUGUCUCAACAUGGAGAACAGACACGCAUCACUAUUGAGCAGAACAGAAAAAUCCAAGUUAAUGGAAUUUACAUAAGCCUGCCAGCAUUUCGAAUCAAUGAUCUAGUAGAGGUGCAUGAGGAGCAGGGAUUCGUGGUCAUCAAUGCUUUUAAUAAAUUAAUGGUCAAUUUUGAUGGUGAUAGCAUUCUUGUAGUCAGACUCAGCCAAAGUUUUAAUGGAUCAGUAAGCGGAAUGUGUGGCAAUUUCAAUGGAAACCCCGAAGAUGACAAAGAAUUACCCUGCGGGGGUCUUGCGCCUAAUGAUACUGUGUUUGGCAACAGCUGGAAAUCAGACAUCAGCACAAGAGGCUGUGGUGCCAGUGACCAGACCGCAAAUCCUGAUGAUUGUCCAUUCAAACAGGAGUAUUCUGAUUUGUGUAGUAUUAUCACCAACACCACAGGACCCUUCCAUAAGUGCCAUCAUCACGUCGAUCCUGUACCUUACUAUGACUCCUGCGUGUAUGACCUGUGUCUCUACACACCGGAAAAUGGCAUGCUGCAUGCCGACGUUCACGCCUAUGAGACGGCUUGUGUCUACUUGGGCAUACAGAUCCCAGAAUGGCUUUCCAGUCUUCGGUGCUAUGUGAGAGACCCCUGUUCUGAGCUCAACUGUACUGAUGAUGAAUGGUGUGGAGAGAAAGAUGGUGUUUACGGCUGUUUCUGCAAUGAGGACCAUAGACCCAAUCCCGACACUUAUGAUUUCUCUCAAACUUGUUUGAGCAGUUCAGGAUCUAUAUCUCUGUCUCGCUGUCAGCUGUUUGAAGCUGGUUUUUCAGCUAAUGUUCUACAUCUCAAUGACCCCAGCUGCAAAGGAACGAUCCAGAAUGGAAGAGUGCAGUUUCAUUAUGAUAACAAUAAAGAUGUUUGUGGUGCCAGUGUUGUGGCCAAUGGCACUCAUUUUAUCUAUGAGAACUUUAUUCUUGGGACAUCAGAGUCAGCCGAGGGUCCCAUUAGAAGAGAAACAGAUUUGCAGCUAUCUUUCAGUUGUAUUUAUCCUCUAAGCCAAAACAUUACCAUGGAAAAGCAGAUCAACCCAUUGGAGAGCCGUGUGCACAAGAAUCUUCCUUCUGGUGAAGGGAGGUAUCAGGUUCGAGUAGUUCCAUAUCACGAUUCAGACUUCUCUCAGCCCUUCAGCGGUGACGUGGACGUUCAGAUAAACAAACCAAUUUUUGUUGAGGUCGGUGUCGACGGGGUUGACAGCCAGUAUGCUACAGUGAUUGACACAUGUUGGGCUACACCUGUGAAUGAUCCAGAUUACAGUCUGCGCUGGGAUCUCAUCACUGGAGAGUGUCCUAAUACACAUGAAAGUUCAGUGAAGCUUUUGCAGAAUGGUGUCUCAUCGUCCAGCCGCUUCUCUUUCCGAACGUUUAGCUUUAGCUCAAACUUCACAAAGGUUUAUCUCCACUGUUCAGUUCAUCUUUGUCACAAAGCGACCUACAACUGCACAGCGCAUUGUUAUCCUGGAUGCCGACAGAGGGUGGGGAGAUCUCUGGAUUUCCACGACACCGCCUCCAUAUCCAUGGGUCCUCUGGUCCUGUCGAAAAGGAGUUUAGAUACAUGGGCCAUAGACAGAUGGAUGGUAUCCAGAGCACCAGGUCUGUCUGGAUCUUUAAUAAUCCUGCUGGUUUUACUCCUGAACACCUGCACCAUCUUCUAAAAUAUUUACACAAAAAAAAUUGAAGUGAUUAUUUC